UGCCUUUCCCAUCCUAAUCUACAAAGGAAACAGGAAAAAGGAACUUAAACUCCCUGUACUCAGACAGCAAUGAGACUGUUAUAGCCCACUCCAGCACUGCAAUUUCUUGCCUCUGACUUGUAAACAAGAGUCCUCGUACCAUGCAAGGGAAGAGUAACCAAGGUCUACCCCAUUGAAAGGAUAAUCCUAACCCCAUGAGCUGCUGUGGAAACUGGAUGGAGGUAUUUUGGAAAGCAUGGACUCUUUAGCACAUUUAAUUCUCUGUGGAUUCAGCCUGAUGAUUUCAGGUAAAGUGGAGGCAGCGCUGGACCUGGUGUUGAUCAAUUCACUCCCUCUAGUGAGCAACUCAGAGACAUCGCUUAUCUGCAUUGCAGCCAGAUGGAGUUCCCGCGAGUCUGUCACAAUAGGGCGAGACUAUGAGGCCUUGAUGAGCCAACACCAGGACCCUCUGGAAGUUACUGAAGACGAGAAGAGAGGAACAGCCAAAAAAGUGGUGUGGAAAAGGGAACAAGCUGGUGAAACUGUCGGAGCUUACUACUGUGAAGGGAAAGUCAAAGAUGAGGUGACAAGGAUACGUACAAUGAAGAUGCCACUAGGAGCUUCCUUCCUCCCAGUGGCCUUAACUAUGACAGUGAACAAGGGAGAACAUGUGAACAUUUCCUUCAUCAGAAAGAUUGCAAUGGAGGAAGAUGCAGUGAUCUACAAAAACGGUUCUUUCAUUCACUCUGUGCCCAGGCAUGAAGUGCCAAAUGUGCUAGAAGUGACCUGCUCUGAAGCCCUGCUACAGGAUGCAGGGGUCUACUCUGCCAGAUACAUAGGAGGAAACACCUUCACCACUGCUUAUACAAGGCUGAUAGUAAGACCUGCUUUUUUUAACCUCUUAGCUUGCUCAGUUUUAUCUCUGAGGGGGAAAAGCAAUCAGCAGAUGUCAUGUUGUGAAUAUUGGGUUCCUUACACAGGUUCAGCUGAUGUGUCACCUCAGAUAAAGCACUUGCCAGACCAUGUGGAACUCAAUUCUGGCGCAGAGUUUAAGCCUAUUUGUAUAGCCACUGGCAAGCCACUUCCUGUUAUUGAAGAAUUUAAACUGUUGAAACAAGAUGGGACUGUCUUCAAGCCGGUCUCAUUUGUUAGCAAUCGCUCAGAGGCAAAGUUUCAUAUCAAUAGAAUCCAGCCGCCUGACUCAGGAAUAUGGGUUUGCAGUGUUGAGACAGUAGCAGGGAUGGCAGAAGAGCCUUUCCAUGUUACAGUUAAAGUUCCUCCUGUGCCUCAGUAUGCUCCGAGGAUGAUAGACAGUGGACAUAAUUUUCUCAUCAUCGAUAUCAAUGCUGACUCCCAUACUGGUGAUGGACCGAUUGUGUUAACCAAGCUCCUGUAUAAGCCUGCUAAAGGUUAUCAGCCCUGGAUGUCAGUGGAAGUAAAUGGAAAGAGCAAGAAAUUAGAUAAUCUAGAACCCAAAACAGAAUAUCAGUUCUGUGUUCAGCUAAGCCGGCAAGGGGAUGGUGGAGAAGGGCAUCCUGGGCCACAGGCAAGCUUCACAACGGCUGCACUUGGUCUUCCUCCACCAGAAGGUCUCACCCUCCUUCCUAAAAGCAAGACAUCUCUGGUUUUGUCAUGGCAGCCAAUAGCACAGAAGCCAGAAGAUGACCUUCUUGUUGAAGUGGAAAGGACGAGUGUGAAUGACAACAGUGGUGAUGAGGACAGACCUGAUAUCACCCAUGUGCCAGGAAAUAUAUCCACUCUGGUUAUUGAUGAUUUAGAACCCAGACAGCAGUAUAGGUGCAGGGUACGUGUGAAUACCAGGUCUGAAGGAGAGUGGAGUGACUAUUUGUAUGCAUGGACCUACAGUGACAGAAUCCCACCGUCACCUGACAACAUCAAGAUUUUCAACAUCACGGACACCUCUGCCAUCAUCUCUUGGUCAACUGCUGCGGGACAGUCCAUCUCCUCCAUCAUCAUCAGCUACAAGAUUUAUGGCAAGGCUGAGUACAACCACAUUGACGUCACAAUAAAAAACACAACCAUCACGCAGUAUCAUCUCAAGGGCCUCGAGCCGAAUACUGUGUAUCUGGUUCAGAUGAGUGCACAGAACAAUAUUGGACUGAGCAACCCAAACCCUUCUCUUGAACUGAAGACUCUCCCGGAAACAAAAGCUCCGUAUGACUCGAAGGGAGGGAAAAUGCUGCUGAUUGCUAUCCUUGGCUCAGCAGGGAUGACCUGCCUGACAAUCCUGCUGGCCUUUCUCAUCAUGCUGCAGCUAAAGCGAGCCAACUUCCAGCGCAGAAUGGCUCAAGCCUUCCAAAACGUGGUGAGAGAAGAGCCAGCUGUCCAGUUUAACUCAGGAACUCUCACUCUGAGCAGGAAAGCCAAGAACAGCCCAGACCACACUAUCUAUCCAGUCCUCGAGUGGAAUGACAUCAAAUUUCAAGAUGUGAUCGGGGAGGGCAACUUUGGACAAGUCCUUAAAGCACGAAUUAAGAAGGAUGGCUUGCGAAUGGAUGCUGCCAUCAAAAGGAUGAAAGAGUAUGCCUCAAAGGAUGAUCACAGAGACUUUGCUGGAGAAUUGGAAGUUCUUUGUAAACUUGGACAUCAUCAUAAUAUCAUAAAUCUUUUGGGAGCAUGUGAACAUCGGGGGUAUCUUUACCUGGCUAUUGAAUAUGCUCCCCAUGGAAAUUUACUCGAUUUCCUGAGGAAGAGCAGAGUGCUGGAGACAGACCCAGCAUUUGCUAUUGCCAACAGCACUGCCUCCACUCUGUCCUCUCAGCAGCUUCUGCAUUUUGCAGCAGAUGUGGCCAGAGGGAUGGACUACUUAAGCCAAAAACAGUUUAUUCAUCGCGAUUUGGCAGCAAGAAACAUCUUGGUUGGCGAAAACUAUGUUGCAAAAAUAGCAGAUUUUGGAUUGUCUAGAGGUCAAGAAGUUUAUGUUAAAAAGACCAUGGGAAGGCUUCCAGUGCGAUGGAUGGCAAUUGAAUCUCUCAAUUACAGUGUGUACACCACAAACAGCGACGUGUGGUCAUAUGGUGUCCUAUUAUGGGAAAUAGUUAGUUUAGGUGGGACACCAUACUGUGGAAUGACAUGUGCAGAACUCUAUGAGAAAUUGCCACAAGGGUACAGACUGGAAAAGCCUCUCAAUUGUGAUGAUGAGGUGUAUGACCUGAUGAGACAGUGUUGGCGGGAGAAACCGUAUGAAAGGCCAUCAUUUGCUCAGAUCCUGGUGUCACUGAAUAGGAUGUUAGAGGAACGAAAGACAUAUGUGAAUACCACGCUGUAUGAGAAGUUUACCUACGCAGGCAUCGACUGCUCUGCUGAAGAAGCUGCUUAAGACAGAAAAAAUCUUCGUCUAUUGAGUAACCAUGAAACAAACCAAAAACUCAGUCUUCUGGGGCACAGAAUGGGAUGUGCUGUGUAGAACUGUGUAUAGCUUUUUGUAUAAUAUUGUUGAACUACAGAUAGCAUUGUGCAUGUCUUACAGUAAACUCUGCCUCCAUAGACUGUAGGAGUGUAUAUACUGUUUUGAGUAGGAAUGGGCUAAUGGCAUAAAUUCUGAGAUACAUUUCACACACAAUAGAAUCUUUUUUCGGGAAAUGCGGUGAUACUUACUUUAAGUAGCCCAUGCAGAAACACUUAUUGAAAUGCAUUGUGCAUUGCUACCCUAGGUAUUUUACAAGAGUUAAUGAUAACAUAGAAUAUCUCAUUAGCUAAAUUUUAUGGUGAUUCUAACACAACAUGUUUUUGUGUACGUGCCAAAACAGUGCCAUGUCUCCAGAGAACAGACAAUGCUGUAGCAGUACCAGACAACACCGCUUUAGGAAAUCAGCAGUAAAAGUGACCCCUGAAAAUAAUUUGUUUCUAGAGCUUUUGAACUAGCUGACAUCUAUGUGAUACAAGCAACUGCUGUUUAAUAGCCAAUUUCUUGUAUUAAAUAUCAAUGUUUAACUUGAUAAUAUAAAUAUUGGAGAGCAGUGUUAUUUUAGAAAGUCACAUGGUGUUUAUCACGAAGAAUGGGCAUUCAUAAAUGUAUUACAUAUUGUAAAACACAUUUCUAAAAAGUCAGUUUGGCUACAAGUGCAGCUUUUUCAUUUUGUAUUUGAGUCUAAUAAUGCACUGACUAGAUCAUUAGUUAAUUAUAAACAGGCACGGUUCACUUACUUGCUUGUGACCACCCUAUUCCUUGUGUGCCUGCAUGUAGUUUACUGUGUGGCCUUUAACAAAUAAUGUACUAAAAGCCUUUGAAAUAUUUUCCUUCAGUGGCAUUAUUAAAAGGUUCUCAAC